AUGGAGGCAAAUCAGCACUGAAAGUUGUUACUGGAAUUUUAGCAAGUACCCUCACUAAAGGCUUGGCUGAAAAAAUAAAUUACGUUGGCACAAAUGGGAAAACAGCAUUUAACAAUUUAAAAUUGAAUCGUCUAGUUAUCGAAGCCACCCUAGCCAGUGAAUUUGGGAAAAAAUUGACAAUAUCGGAAAUUGUGGGAAUUAUUCAACGCUGGUUAGGGAACGCAAAAGACUUGGAUGGUGGCAGAACUUCCAGAAAAACAACGAAUGUCGUCGUACCGGACGAGGAGGAGGAGGGUUAACGAAGAAGCAAAUACAUUACUUCAAGAGCUUAACAAUAGUAUUAGACAUAUUGGCGUAGGUGAAACCACUAUUAAUAGAAAUUAUGUUGUUAAUGUACAAGGCAUUCAAUGUCCACCGCAAAGUAUUAGUGUAGAUAGACGAGUAGUUACUGUAGAGAAUAUUAAUGUCCUAUCAUCUAAAGUUACUAUAGAUCAUGAAAUUAGGGAUUGGGCAAUUAAGCACAAUGUCACACACUCCGCGCUCUCAGACUUACUAAAAAUUAUUAAGCCUCAUUUUCUUGAUUCGAGUAGUUUGCCAAUAUGUUCAAAAACAUUGUUGAAAACGCCACGUAAUAUUUGUAUCCAAACUCUUGCAGGUGGAAAGUUUUUCUAUUUCGGGAUAAAAAGUCAAAUUCUAAAAAUUAUACCUGCAGAUUUUCCUUUUAGUGAGUUGACAUUAACGAUUGGCACAGAUGGUUUUCCAAUUUGCAAGAGUUCUGGAACUGAUAUGUGGCCUAUUUUAUUCAAGAUUAAUGAGAUUAGUAAUUCUAGACCAAUAAUUGCCGGCUUGUUUUGUGGUGACAGGAAGCCCAGUAGCUUGGAUGAAUUUCUUAACCAAUUUAUUACGGAAUUAACUGAACUAGAAACUAGUGGAAUAUUAAUGAGGACAACAAAUUUUUCUGUCCGUGUUAAAUGCAUAAUAGCUGACGCUCCUGCAAGAAGUUUUAUUAAAGGAAUUAAACCUCACAAUGGUAGGAGUAGUUGUGAGAGAUGUGAUGUUGAAGGUGAAUGGGAUGGAAAGAGAAUAGUUUUUCCGACUUUUUCUGGUAGUAAACGUACCGACUUAAGCUUCCGUUCACAAAUCGAUUCCGACCAUCAUUUGCGCGACUCGCCCUUUCUUAAAACUAAAAUUGAUUUAGUGUCAGAGGUUGUUUUGGAUUAUAUGCACUUAGUUUGCUUAGGUGUUACUAGAAAACUUCUAUUGCUUUGGUUGAGUGGUCCCAUAAAAACUAGACUUCCAACAGCAAAAGUUAAAAUAAUCUCAGAAAAUUUUUCUAAAAUUGCCAAGAUUUUUCCUUGCGAAUUUUCAAGAAAACCUAGAGAUUUAAAAGACAUAAAAAGAUUUAAAGCUACUGAAUUCAGACAGUUUCUUUUAUAUGUAGGCCCCGCAGCUUUACGCAAUAUACUUCCCAGCAAUCUUUAUAACCAUUUUCUCAUAUUUCACACUGCUAUAUAUAUUUUGCUCUCGUCUUCCGCAAAUAAUAUUAAUAGGAAUAAUACGGCAAGAGAGCUAAUAGAAUUAUUUGUUAAAGAUUUACAAAGAUAUUAUGGAGGUUCUGUUAUUGUUUAUAAUGUGCAUUCAUUGUUACAUCUAUCCGAUGAUGCAUUAAAAUUUGGAAAAUUAGAUAAUGUUAGCGCUUUUGAGUUUGAAAGCUAUUUACAGUUUUUGAAAAAAUUAAUUAGGGGCAACAAUCGUCAGCUUGAGCAAGUUGUUAAACGGGUACAAGAAUAUGAUAACUGUAGCUCAAGUCAUUAUUCUACAAUUAAAUCUAAGCAUAAAAUAAAUGUGCCAAAGAAGAAUGGUGAAUUUAAAAAGUUUGAACUUGACAAAUUUUGUAUUAGAAUAAAGGAUGGUGAUAAUCACUUUGUUACUGAAGAUGGUCGUUUUGUUAAAGUAGAUAAAAUAUUUGUAGUUGAUAAUAAGCCAGUUGUAAAUUGUAAAGUUUAUCUUAAUUGUACUGAUGUUAAGGGAUAUCCAAUUCGUAGUUCUUUGCUGGGAAUUUGUUUUUUAAAUUCUCAAUUUACAUCAUCCUGUGAAAUUGAUAUUUAUAAGUUAUCUAAAAAAUGUAUUGUAAUUCCAGGUGAUAGUGUAGAUAAAUUUAUGCUAUACUGUAUUCCCAUGCUUUAA